CAUUUAUGGAGUUUGUUUGGAGCAGUGAUGAUUCCAGUCUUACAGCCGCUGCGAGGAAGGAUUUUUGAUAAGGUUUCUUUGUGUACCUAGGAAGCAACACUAUCAAGAAAAAAUGUUUUAAUUCUGUGUCUUUCGGGGAACUAAUUCCUAAACCAAAUAUAAGGUUCCAGAUCCCAGUCAGGAAAACCACGGAGUCAUGGAAAACAAAACAAAACAAAAAAAACCAAAUGUUUGUUUGUCGUAAUAGUGAGAUAAAAGCUGCAAGCCAGAAAUAUAUAAUGUUUAAUAAAGCAAAAAUAUUAAAUACGCAACUAAAACUAGAUGCAAAUACCGCUUUUUUAACAGUUACACGUAUCACACAAUUUUUACAAUCUCUUGAGCAUUUGUUGUCGGCCACUCCGGUUAUUAGAGAACCCCGGCUCAACCUGCGAGGACGACGUUCGUGAAGCAGCUUUCAGCUGUUUGCCAUCUAUUUCAGAGCGCAAAGGAAAGGAAACAGGACGAUUUCUUAUGCUCUCUUGGUGUUGGUGAGUUAAGCGUAGUUUGUAAGAGUUUUUCGUGUUUGCGGCCGCUCUUUAAAAUAGGCUCGUUUAGAAACUUGCGGUAAGCUUAAGGGGUUCCGCAAUGACUUGGUGAAACGCAAUACAAAAUCUGUUGGUUGGUGAACCACUCAUCUACUUAAGAGAAAAUACAUGUAACUUUCAGCCCUCAAACUGCACUCAUCCAUCAAAGAGCAGCUGCUAAACUGGAUGUUGACAAAUUGAUCUGAAGGCAUCGCUGGAGAUUAUCCUUAAUUUUCUUCACUGAUCAAGCAUAACUAGAUCACAUCAUGUCUUACCCAACCAGCCAAAUCAACCAUGAAGCAGCCUAUUUGUCUCUCAUGAAAGGAGUGAGGGAAGUGGACUUUCGUGGCCUCUGUGUCCCCAGCGACCUGCUGCUGAUCGGAGACCAUGCCUUUCCUUUAGCCAUGAACAGCAAAGGUCAAGUCCUGAUGGCUGCCUCUCUGUAUGGUGCUGGGAGGAUUGUUGUUCUGGGUCAUGAAGACUACCUGACUGCCUUUCCUGCUCUGGUGGAGAAUGCCCUGCUCUGGCUGCGGGGUGAUGGAUCAGGUGACCCUUCUGUAUUUGUGCACAACAGCGUCACAGUGAUCAGCGACAACCUCAGCAAGUCCACCUUCCAAGCACAAGUGGUGGGGAAUUUUAAUAGCAAUCUAACGACCGGUGUGUAUGUGACGGAUGCGUACAGCGUUGGUGCUGACCCGAAAGACUUGGUGGCCUUUAUGAAAGCUGGAGGAGGGGUGCUGAUAGCCGGCCAGGCGUGGAGCUGGGCUGCAGAUCACCCUAAGGAGAAUACACUGCAUCACUUUGAUGGAAACAAGGUGUCUGGGGUUGCAGGGAUCUACUUCUCUAAGAAUCCAGCAGAGGUGGAAAACCUUCCAGUCUACCCACAGAUCCCAUCCUCCUACAUGGCUGUAGUAAUAGGGAAGGAUUUUGAGGACGACUUGCAGUUCUUACUUCAUGGUGUUUCAGAGCUCGCCAUUCCAAAUGGUUCACUAGCGUCAGAGGUUAUGGUCCAUGGCCCACUAGCAUUUCCUAUUGGUCUAGCAAAUGGUGGACCAGCCUUUUUGGCUGGAGCCUAUUAUGGCCAAGGUCGGGUCAUCGUUGCUGGACAUGAAGCAGUUCUGAGUGCUGAGGCAAAUGCUCAAUUUUGGAAGAAUGCCUUUCACUGGCUUGAUGAAGGCCGAAGGGGCGUUGUUGGAGUAGCACUGGAAAAUGGGUUUACUGUAGCUACCAACUCAGGCCUAGAAACAGAGAGGACGGGCUUCAAGAAAGACCUGAGUGUGUUUGUAUCUCCAUCAAACCCCCAAAGCCACUUGGAAGAGAUCAAGAACUUUGUAGCAGAAGGAGGAGGUCUUCUGAUUGGAGGACAUGCCUGGUACUGGGCACAGUGCCAUAAUGGAAAAAACCCAAUGACAGAAUUUGGAGGAAACCAAAUCCUAAACCAAAUGGGGUUGAGCCUGCUGAAGUCAACUAUUCCAGCAGGUUCAUACAAGGCUCUGGAUCCCAGUCAGACCAUCAAAGAUACAUACCAUUUCCGGCAUCUUUUGCACCGCUUUGCAAAGCAUGUAACUGGGCAGGAAGAACUCAGAAAAGAUGAGGAGGAAUUCCUCAGGAAGCUGGGCAGCGACUGCUCUUCCUACUUGAACAUGAAAGCUCAUGACUCCUGCCACUACUCUCAGGUGGUGGCAACACUCACAGACAUCUUAAAAAAGUCAGGCAUGCCACAGGUGAAUGAGAAUUGCCCUGUCAAAAAUCCCAAAGACCACCUUCUGCUCAACAUUGGGGCAGAGGUUUACAAGGUUUGUCCACAUCCAGACGACCUCCUGCCGUACCUCAUCAAGGACAAUCCACUGCUGCCAGUUGUCCACAAUCACAGGGUCAAAAUUGAUGUCAGUACAGCAGAAGGAGAAGAGUGGAUCAGCACAGGUCUCUACCUUUCUCCUGGUAUGAAGACAUAUGUGGCCAUACCAGCAGAGAUCGUCUACAAAGGAUGGCAGAUUCAGAUAGGCUGUCAAACAGAUUAUCUGAAUGCCGCAGAGUUGAAGAGAGCUCCAUGUGUCCAUGUACGCUUUCCUGUCAACUCUGAGAUGAUCCAGGUGUCGAACCUGUGGGGAGGGCUCAUUUACCUUGUGGCCCCACCCAACACACAGGCACAAGGGUUAGAGGCUUUUGUACAGAUGGCUGUUCCUGCGCCCUAUUACAAAUCAGGUGUUACGACUCAAGCUGAAUGGUCGUUGUUGAGUACAGCUCCUUCACCUUGGGCGGAGUUGGAGUUUGACAACAUCAUCCUCACUGUACCCUCUGAUGUCGUCAGGCGUCUUGAUCAUCCCGAUAAGUUGGCGGUCCUCUGGAAUGACAUCAUGAAGGCCAUCGCUGACCUGGCUGCCAAAUCCCACAAAUUUCCACGGAAAGAGCGUUUUGUAGCAGACGUUCAAAUUUCACAUGGUUUUAUGCAUGCAGGUUAUCCUAUAAUGGCACACAAGGGUUCUGCAACUGAGUUGGUGGAUGUUAACCAUAUUAAGAACAACGGCAUUUGGGGUGCCAUCCAUGAGCUCGGACACAACCAACAGCGAGGCUGCUGGGAGUUCCCUCCACACACCACAGAGUGCACAUGCAACCUGUGGUCAGUGUACGUGCAUGAAGAGGUGUUUGGGAUCAAACGGGACAAGGCUCACGGAGUGAUGACUUUGGAAAACCGACAUCAACGAACCAAGGACUAUAUACAAGGGGGCAGGCAGCUCAGCAGCUGGAGCAUGUGGAUGGCCCUGGAGACAUACAUGCAGCUCCAGGAGAAGUUUGGCUGGGAUGCCUUUAAGAAAGUGUUUGCUGCCUACCACAACAUGAACAACUUUCCCAGAGACAACGAAGGGAAGAUGAACCUGUAUGCAGAGACGUUCUCCCAGACUGUGAGCAUGAACCUGACUGGAUUCUUCAAAGCCUGGGGAUGGCCUAUUGACCAGGCCACUGAACAGAAACUAUCCAGCCUGCCUGCUUGGACUGAUCAUCCAAUGGUCUGAAUGGCAAAGAGUUGAUUGUUUUUGUGCACUGACGUGGUUAUGAGGACCAGUUCCUUUAGACGAGCUUUAGUUUGGGGUAAUAUAGCUAAAAGUUGUGAAGAUUUUCCUGCUUUUUCAUCUUUAUUUAUAACAUUAAAAAGAGAAGGAUAUAUAUUGCAUGCACUUUUCAUCUAUUAAUAUGGCAUCCUAGGGAAGAGGAGAGCAAAAUAUAAAACAUGGUAAUGCAAAACUUUGUUGUUACUUUGAAUUAUUUGCACACAUCACACCUUGGCAAAGGAUCUCAAGAGUUAUUUAGGUCUAUGUGGCAUCAAAGAUUUUAUGAAAGGGGCAUCAAGGGGACAAUUGUAUCUUAGAUAAAAAACAAAUGGAAGACCAAUGUGCUUAUGGGAUAUAGAUAGAUUAUGUAUUCAUGUUCUACACAAAUGAUAUUAGGAUGCACAUAUGAUUUUGUGUAUGAAUUUAUUGUUUUACUUAUUGCAAUAUUACAUGUUAAUCAUUGCUGGAAGAACUUAAUUUUUGUGUCCGUUUACAGUAUCCAAAAAGCCAAUACAUAUCAAAAAUCAAUAAAACAACAAAAACACUUUUGAACCUAUCUCAAUACCUGCUGCAGGGCUAAUAUUAGCUUAUAUCAGUUCAAUUCAAAAACACUUUAUCUCAAAGGAAAAUUAAAUAAAUGCAUAUCAAGGAAGAAGAUGACCUCCAGCUCAGUUGUUUUUUUUCCAUUUCCUAUGUUUUUGUGUGCAUUUUUGUUGCUCUUGACACAUUUAAUAGGCUUUUCAAAGUGAAAUUUUAGUAGACCUUUUCAUUAAAAGGAUUAUUAUGGACCAAAUAAUGCAAAGUUAAUCAGCAAAAUUCUUUUUUAUGUGUGUGGCUUGUAUAACCACCAAUAUUUCAGGCUUUUUGGUAAUAAAAGCAUGUUCUGUUUCUCAGAUGGAGUCUCAGAACUUAGAGGUCACGUUGAAACACACGUUUCUGCUUUUUUUUGUCUGUAUUUUUCCUUCCAGGCUUGUCUAUUCAUGUUCAUUUUGCUUUGGAUGCCAAUCCACAGACAUGCCAUUAAACUUUUCCGUGCGUG